AUGGCUGAGAAUGUCUCCAACGGAGUCACCAAUGAAGACAUGGCGAUCAAUCUGGUCCAGACACAGUUGGAGGUGUCGCUUGUGAGGAAAGAGAUUGCAAACGACCUUCGUGAACUACGACACAACGUCACUAGAGACUUGGACGUCCUAAACUGUGAAGUCGAUGAUGUUAGGGCAGGCCAGCUCGAUCUAUCUAACAUGGUUGCUGAUUUGAAGAAGCAUUUGUGUUCACUACAAGCAUCAUAUGUCAACAUCGUCUUCGGUAAAAACAAGUGCAACAAAGUCAAAUAG